AACACAAAGAACAUUUGUUUAUCUCUUUCACUCUCUCUCUCUUCUCCCUCUCUAUUGCUCACAAUCCCCGCCCCUCUCCUCUCCCUCUUUCUGUUGGUCUGAUAGUGUUAUACUUCAUGGUCGUGUCUGUGCCUUAAAUGCAAAAUACAUUUCAAAUCUAUGUAUUAGGCGACGGAUGUCUUGUUCAUUAUAGUAAAUCUGUAUCUACGAGGAUUAAGCACCUCAUUCUGUAGAACACCAACUUGGGGGUGAGAAGGAACUUGAUGGUGCUGAAUGGUUGACUGGUUAUUGUGGCAGUUGGCACCAUGCGUUAUGGUAUAUAUCUGGUUCUAUUCAUUCUGGUAUGCUCUACUUCUCUGCUGUCUGUCACACUCAUAAGGAUAUACUACCACAAAAGGAGUGGUGGGUUUGACCACUAUGCAGCUUUUCUCUGUAACAGACUGAGACUCAAGUUCCUCACUCUCACUUCAGCCAAGGCUAUCAACACGAGUACUCUAAUAAUGGACGUUAGACAGUUGAUGAACUGCCCUCACAGACCCAAUAUCACCCAGAGAGAACUCUACAGGGUGAUCUUACGUUCCUGUUGUAAUGCUACAGGUGAGAUGAUCCUGACCAAUCAGAACACUAAGUCUGGCCAAAAGAUCCACUAUGAGACCAACCAAAAGCUAUUUAAAACGGUCGACAAGAAACUACACAGCAUGCUGCCAAAGGACUUACCUUGGAGUAAUGGUUUGUUGGGUCAUUGUGCCGUGGUGGGAAGUGGAGGAAUCCUGCAGAACAACAGCUGUGGAGCAGAGAUAGACCGUGCUGAUUACAUCAUCAGGUUUAACCUGAGUCCGGUCAACAACAGUAAGGAUGUAGGGAACAAAACCCACCUGAUGACCAUCAACCCCAGUCAGAUCAGAAGUUACCGCAACCUGACGAAGGCCCCUCUACCGUUGGCCAAUCGUGUCGCAGCUUAUGGGAACGCCUCCCUGCUCCUGCCGGCAUUCAGCUACACAUUCUGUACUAAACUGUCAUUGGAUGUUUACCACGCCCUUCGACCGCUGAGGCCCAAUCAGAAGGUGGUAUUCUUCAACCCCAAUUUCUUGCUUAAUCUGGGCAGGAAGUGGAAAGGGCAGGGUUUAAAAGAGCAACGCCUCAGCACCGGGCUGAUGCUGGCUAGUGUGGCCAUGGAACUCUGCAAAGAGGUUCAUAUUUACGGUUUCUGGCCCUUCUCUCUGGAUCUAAACAACAAUCCUUUGCCCCAUCAUUACUAUGACAACGUUGGCCCUAAUAAAGGCGUCCACUCCAUGCCUGAUGAGUUCCUACUGCUACUGAAGCUACACACACAGGGAGUGCUGCAACUACACCUGGGACGCUGCUGAACACACACACACACUCAAACACUCAUGCACGCAUACACACACACACACACACACACACACACACUCCAUCUUUAUUGUUGAGUGUUUUAUGUUGAAAUAAACAUUUUCAUAAUAUCA